AUGGCGACAUACCCCCCUGUGAUUGACUGGUGUCCAUUUGGGCUGGUCCGCGAGCGGCUCAUUAUGUAUCAUGCCGCUAAUCCCUGUCUUGAUGAAGUCAUCUCCGAUAUGUCUACCUCAUUUUCUGUGGAAACAGACCUCUCGGAGCUUGUUCAGGGGAGCACUUCUCCAUCUCGUUGUUAUGUCCGUUUAUGGGAUAUACUAGAAGCAAUGGGUAGCCUGGAUGCUAAUUUCAGUGACAAUAUUACGUUAUCUUGCGAACUACCAGCCCCAGAUGUUGAAACUAUCUUCAAUUCCCCAGAGUUUGCUCUUCUCGUCUUCAAGAAAUUACGGAUGGACAGUGGAAUUGGCAUUUUCAAACUGGAUCCGUCUUUUUUCAUCAAGUAUCCGGAACUCUGUGACCCAAACGAGGAGAACAUCGCAAACGGGAUUUCCAUCGCUCCCGCUAAUCAGACAAGAAUCCCUGGGCCUGAAGCUCUUGAUGCGCGAAUGAGCAGCACCUACAAACAUUUAGCGCUGUGGUCAUUCGACAUGCUCUUCAAAAUCCCUCCAAGCACUCUAUCAUGA